CGUAGUGUACGUUGCUCCGCAGAUGAUGUUCCGUUUUGUUCAAGGCCUGUCUGUUGGCCUGAGUAUGGACACCAACAAGCUGCCUGCUGUAGCUGCGCACAUUUAUCGCCAACAUUUUGCUGAGUUAGCCACAAGCCGGUAUGAACCUGAGCCCAAUAGCUUAUUCCUGGAGAGCUUUGACCAGCAGCGCAGCAAUCAGCAGCAAAACAUAGCUUCCACGUUGCAGGACGUUUGGAUCUUUGGCUAUGGCUCGCUUGUGUGGAAGGCUGAUUUUCCCUACAUUGACCGUAGGCGUGGCUAUGUUUGUGGUUAUAGGCGGCGGUUUUACCAGCACAGCAUCGAUCAUCGCGGCGUACCGGAGAAGCCAGGACGUGUAGUCACCUUGCUGCCGGGUGACGCCACAGUGGAUCGUGUUUAUGGUGUGGCCUACCGCAUAGCGGCGUCUCAGAAAGCGAAUGUAUUGGAUCAUCUGGACUAUCGCGAGAAGAAUGGCUAUGAGCGCUGUAAACUAGAGUUUCAUGAGUAUCCAACCACAACCAUGCCCAUUGAGGUUAUUAUGUAUGUGGCAACGCAGGGUAAUGAUUCCUAUGCCGGUGCUGUGUGGCAAGUGCCACGCAUUGCCAAGCAAAUUUUCACCGCUGCUGGUCCGAGUGGUCCAAAUCGCGAGUACCUUUUUAAUCUUUACAUGGCUAUGAGCGUUCUUUUUCCGGAUGCCGUGGAUGAGCAUCUGACGGAGCUAAUGCAUUGCGUCAAGCGAUGUAUUGAGUUGGAAGAGCCAUUACUGCUGGAGAGAGCGCUCUGCCGGCGAAUUACAGUUAUCCUAAAUGAAUGUCUCACUGAGGAGCAAACGCUGGCACAACGCUUGGAAGGAUUGCAGGAAGAGUGUUUGCAGCCAGGCUGGCGAGAGAGAUUACUUAGCCAGGAGCUAGAGCUCGACUCUUGACCAGAAAUCCUACCAAGUGUGCAAU